AUGUUAAAGCGAUCACCUACAUGUAAAUAUUGUGGUAAAUCUUUUAGCAGUAAUUCUUAUUUGAAAGCGCAUAUUCGUGUUCAUGAGAUACCUGAUUCCUUCCGUUGCCCUGAAUGCAAUAAACUUUUCAGUUUGGGCGAAGAUGAAAGUGGUAAAAAUUAUUACGAAUGUGAAAUCUGUAAUAAACAAUUUACUAGCCUAACCUACAUGAAAGCUCACGUUAAAAUGCAUAACCAGCCAAGUUCAUGUGUAUGCAAAUUUUGCAGCAAACCAUUCAGUUGUAUCUCGGCAGUCAACAAGCAU